AUGAUGAAUCACCCCAUCCAUAAUAGACGGUCCUCGACAACGACUAUGAAGGCAAUCAAGACUCCAGUAGGUAGAGAUGCAGCCAUUAGUCAUUUAAAACCCAAAACUACUAGAUUAUCUACUCAGGGCCCAGAAGAGUGUCCACUAACAGGUUUCCCUUUGCUCAAUUCGCCAUUUUACAACAAAGGCUCUGCUUUUAACUUGGAGGAAAGAAAAGCAUUCAAUUUGGUGGGACUUUUACCAUCACAAGUAAAUACUUUAGAUGAGCAAGUGACUAGAGCAUACGACCAAUUCAGAACAAGGAAAGACGAUUUGGCGAAAAAUUCAUUUAUGGACUCAUUGAGAGUACAGAAUAAGGUCUUGUUUUAUCAAUUAGUGAAGAGACAUGUAAAGGAAAUGUUGCCAAUCAUAUACACGCCAACAAUUGGUGACGCAAUCGAAGGGUAUUCCCACAGAUUUAGGAAACCAGAGGGAUGUUUUUUGGAUAUCACCAAGCCGGAAGCAAUUGAGGAAAGUUUGGCAAAUUUUGGAAGCGACCAAGACGUAGAUGUAGCAGUCAUCACCGAUGGAUCGGCCAUACUUGGAAUUGGCGACUGGUCUAUCCAAGGAAUUUUGAUUGCCGUUGGAAAGAGCAACAUUAUUACGUUGGCAGGAGGUAUCAAUCCUAAAAGAAUCAUUGCAAUUGGUGUUGAUGUAGGAACCAACAAUAAGAAAUUGUUAGAUGAUGAGCUAUACAUGGGAAAUAGAUUCCCUAGAGUUGAAGGUAAGGAAUAUUAUGAUUUCAUGGAUAAAGUUAUCACUGCCUACAAGAAUAGGUUUCCUUCGUCAGUGUUGCACUUUGAAGAUUUCAACACCGAUGCCGCGUCGACUUUAUUGCACACUUAUAGAGAUAAGUUAGCAUGUUUCAAUGAUGACAUUCAAGGUACCGGAUGUGUUGUUGUUGCGUCGAUUAAAGCCGCCCUCAAGGUCUCCAGCCGUAGCUUUACAGACUCCAAAUACCUUAUUUAUGGCGCUGGUUCAGCUGGAAUGGGUAUAGCAACGCAGAUUCAGCUUAACUUGGUUACUUCCGGUCUUUCUCUCGAGGAAGCUAGGUCUAAAAUAUAUCUCAUGGAUAGAUAUGGGCUCAUUACCGACACCACAGAGGCAUCUCCAGCACAACACGAUUUUGCCAAGCCCGAUCUGGAGUGGGAAGGCAUAAACAAGAAGAGUUUAGUUGACGUUAUUGCCGAAAUUAAACCUACCGUACUUAUUGGAUGCUCGACACAGCCAAAAUCGUUUAAUGAGCAAGUCGUUAAGGAAAUGUACAAGUACAAUAAAUCACCCAUCGUAUUUCCACUUUCCAAUCCAACAAGACUUCAUGAGGCUUUCCCAGUUGAUAUAAUGAAAUGGACAGACAAUAACGCUUUGAUAGCUACCGGCUCACCAUUCGAGCCUGUAGAUGGCUACGUCAUUUCCGAGAACAACAAUUGUUUUUCAUUUCCAGGAAUUGUUCUUGGUUCAGUUUUAGCCAGAUCAACCAAGAUAACUGACGAAAUGAUUUCUGCCGCUGUCGAGUGUUUGAGCGAUAUGUCGCCAAAGUUGAAAAAUCCUAAAGCAGGGUUGUUACCCGAUAUAAGCGAGAUUCAAGAGGUGAGCGCAAACGUUGCGACCGCAGUUGUGUUGCAGAGUGUCCGCGAAGGAACAGCAAAAGUCGAAGGAGAGAAAGUACCAAAUGAUGGGUACGUCAAAGUUCCACGCAGUUUUGAGAAAUGUUUGGAAUGGGUUAAGUCCCAAAUGUGGACUCCCGAGUAUAGACCAUAUGUAAAGGUUGAGUAUGUUCCAGAAAUCAAAUCACAGUAUUAA